AUGGCCUGCCCUCCACGAGAAACGUUCCAGAUCGGUUGGAUAUGUGCACUGCCGAUCGAGGCGGCUGCCGCUAAGGAAAUGCUGGAUGAAAGCUUUGGCAUUCUCGAUGAGCAAGAUCCAACCGACCCAAAUACCUACACGCUAGGUCGAGUCGGCAAACACCACGUUGUAAUCGCCUGCCUCCCGGGUGGUCAAUAUGGAACUACGUCGGCGACGACUGUCGCAAACAAUAUGGUUCGCACCUUUUCGAAAUCCCUCAGGGUCGGGUUGAUGGUUGGUGUUGGCGGUGGAAUUCCGUCGACUGCUCAUGACAUUCGACUUGGUGAUGUUGUGAUUAGCUGUCCUGAAGGCACUUCUAGCGGAGUGGUCCAAUAUGAUACGGGAAAGGUCGUUGCUGGUGGAGAAUUUCAUCGCAUUGGCUCUUUAAACAGCCCUCCUAGAGCCCUGCUGACGGCAAUCAACUUGAUAAGGGCUGCCGAGCUAACGGAUGAUCCUCACUAUCCCAAAUAUCUCCUUAAGGCGAUCGGUAGAACGUCACGCACUCGGAAGAACUUCGAACGACCUCAAAAAGACCGACUCUUCAAGCUCGAACACAUUCAUCCUACAACUGCGAGCACCUGCGAUGGAUGCCUAGAAGAAUGGGAAGAUGUACGCAGUGAACGCGAUACCAGUGACCCACAACCGCACUACGGCAUUAUCGCAUCUGGAAAUGCGGUUAUCAAGGAUGGAUCUACACGUGAGAAGCUUCGGGUAGCCACUGGAGCAUUGUGCUUUGAGAUGGAGGCAGCUGGCUUGAUGAUGGAUUUUCCUUGCAUUGUCGUCCGCGGGAUCUGUGAUUACGCCGAUACGCAUAAGAAUAAGCAGUGGCAAGGAUAUGCUGCAUUAGCAGCAGCAUCGUAUGUUAAGGAGCUGCUAGGGUAUAUACCAGUCGGCCGUGUUUCGCAAGAGAGCUUGGCAGCAGAUGCGUGUAAUGAAUUAAAAGACGAAGUCAAAGGCACAAACAAACGCCUUGACCGAGCAUAUAAUCAACAAGAUCAACAGCAUCGUGAGAAGAUCGAAUUGGCUUUGACGGAUCAGCAACGCCGUUGUCAUCAAGCUUUUAAGACAUCAAAGUAUGAGGAACAAAAGAACAUCAAUCCACGAAGGGUGAAAGGAACCUCCGACCCAGGCUGCGGGAAGUCUGUACUAGCCAGAUCGAUCAUCGACGAACACGUGGAGGCUUUAAGUCCAGGAGUGACCAUAUGUUUCUUUUUCUUCAAAGACAACGAUGACCAGAACCGUCUUGAUACAGCACUAUGUUCGGCACUACAUCAACUCUUCAGCCAGCGGCCUCAUCUCUUGCCCCAUGCUAUACAGUCCUGGGAGAAAAACGGGGAGGGACUGCGACAUGAGGUUGAUGAGCUUUGGCGGAUCUUCACUGCUGCCGCAUUAGCUGACGUGUCACACAAGACAAUUUGCAUAUUCGAUGCGCUUGACGAAUGCCGUGAAAAGGAUCAGGCGCGAUUGAUUGAGAAGUUCUAUCGUCCCUAUGACCAUAUACAGGGUAACUUUCGAGCAAUCACUAAUUCUGUCCCACAUAUACACAUCAAGGGUGAAGAAGAUAACGACCGAAUCCAUAAGGAGAUUAAUCUAGUGGUGAAAACUCGAGUGAAAGAAUUAGCUAAAGUAGUGCAACUACCACCGGAGGUCUACCAGCGAGUCGAACAGCAGCUACUUCAAAUGGAAAACCGUACUUAUCUCUGGCUACAUCUAGCGAUUGAUGAUAUCCGCACCACCCUUAGGCGCAGCCUUCGGCCUACAGAGAGUUUGAUCACCCUUAUACCGCCUUCCGUGAAUGCAGCAUACGAAAAAAUCCUCUGCCGAGUCCCAGCAGAUGAAAUGGAUACAGUCAAAAAGAUCUUGGAGAUCAUUGUGGCGGCACGACGUCCUCUGACAAUACGAGAGAUGGCUGUGGCGCUAGGUAUUGCCACCUGCUCCGAGGCACGAACAAUAAUGGAGGCCGGGCUAGAUCCAACUCAUUUACAAACAAAACUUCGACAAUUAUGCGGCUUGUUUGUAUUCACUAACAACUCCAAAAUCUAUCUCAUCCAUCAGACUGCCAGAGAGUUUCUAAUUCAAAGGAAAAGUUCGGACAAUCUCUAUCUUACAUACUGGAGCAGCCUGGGCGAUGCAGAAUAUCAGAUGGCUGAGAUCUGUUUGCGAUACCUUUUGAUGGAGGAUUUGGAAGACGACGAAAGCCAAUCGAGCUUUAAUUGUCGAGACCUCUUAGAGUAUUCAGCAGUACAUUGGUCCGAUCACGUGCAGAAAAUGACUCCGACGUUGGGCCAUGAAAUAACGAAUCGACUACAUCAAGUGUACGAUAUGCACAGAAGACGGUUUUCACUGUGGUUUCCUAUCUUUUGGAAGGCAGUAAUGCCAUACACAAACGUGCCAUCAAUGAAUGCACUCAAUCUGGCAGCACUUAACGGCCAUGAGCAAGAGGUUCAUUUUCUACUUGCUGUUAAGAAACACGAGAUCAAUACGGCAGACGAUACAGGAGCAAACCCAUUGAUGUGGGCCUCGCGAAACGGACACGACAAAAUCGUGCAGAUGCUGUUAGAGCGAGGAGCCGAGGUCAACGCCCAGGGUGGACGCCACGGAAAUGCGCUCCAGGCUGCUUCUUUCAGAGGACACGACAAAAUCGUACAGAUGCUGUUAGAGCGAGGAGCCAAUGCUAACGCCUAUGGUGGAGUCUACGGAAAUGCGCUCCAGGCCGCUUCUUUCAGAGGACAGGACAAAAUCGUGCAGAUGCUGUUAGAGCGAGGAGCCGAUGUUAACGCCCAGGGUGGAGCCUACGGAAAUGCGCUCCAGGCAGCUUCUUUUAGAGGACAGGACAAAAUCAUACAGGUGCUGUUAGAGCGUGGAGCUGAUGUUAACGCCCAGGGUGGACGCUACGGGAAUGCGCUCCAGGCAGCUUCUUCUGGAGGACACGAAAAAACCGUGCAGGUACUGUUAGAGCGAGGAGCCGAUGUUAAUGCCCAGGGUGGACGCUACGGGAAUGCGCUCCAGGCAGCUUGUUACGAAGGACCCGACAAAAUCGUGCAGGUGCUAUUUGAGCGAGGAGCCGAUAUCAACGCCCAGGGUGGACGCUACGGACAUGCGCUCCAGGCUGCUUGUUACGAAGGACACGACAAAAUCAUGCAGAUGCUGUUAGAGCGAGGAGCCGAGGUCAACGCCCAGGGUGGACGCCACGGAAAUGCACUCCAGGCAGCUUCUUUCAGAGGACACGACAAAAUCGUGCAGGUGCUGUUAGAGCGAGGAGCCGAUGUUAACGCCCAGGGUGGACGCUACGGAAAUGCGCUCCAGGCUGCUUGUUACGAAGGACACGACAAAAUCGUGCAGGUGCUAUUUGAGCGAGGAGCCGAUAUCAACGCCCAGGGUGGACGCUACGGACAUGCGCUCCAGGCUGCUUGUUACGAAGGACACGACAAAAUCAUGCAGAUGCUGUUAGAGCGAGGAGCCGAGGUCAACGCCCAGGGUGGACGCCACGGAAAUGCACUCCAGGCAGCUUCUUUCAGAGGACACGACAAAAUCGUGCAGGUGCUGUUAGAGCGAGGAGCCGAUGUUAACGCCCAUGGUGGACGCUACGGAAAUGCGCUCCAGGCUGCUUGUCAUGAAGGACACGACAAGAUCGUGCAGAUGCUUCUAGAACAUGUAGCUGAUCAAUCUGUACGCUAUCGCUCCCCUUUCCAAAGGUUUCAAAGAUCAUGA